AUGUUGAUUCACAUCCCCCAAACUCCUUCUUGCUUACUAUACCCUCCCAAGGUCGGUUCUAACAUCAACUUCAACCGGUCGCAAUCAAAUCUAAGCGUUCCAAUGCAGUCAAGGCUGACUAAGGCACAAUCACCUUCAGAUCCUUGGCUGGCGAGAUCAGACUCAGCUCGAUACGCUGUCCUUGCAGCACGGUCCUGCAAGCCCAGUGCGGUGCCACCCUUCAUAUACGGUGUCAUCUCCACCAAGAUCUACUGUCGACCUACUUGUCCGGCCAGACUUGCUCGCCGAGCCAAUGUCGUCUUCUUUGACACAGCAAUCGAGGCCAAGAAUGCCGGCUACCGUGCCUGCAAAAGGUGUCGACCGGACGUCAUUGCUGAAACUGAUGCUGGAGAUGGCGAGGUAGAGACGUCGGAAGAUCCAAGUAACAUUACCACCGGAAGUGAUUAUAUUGCGCCAGGCGAUGGCGAGUCAGGGCGGAAGAAGAUCGUCAAGGCUGUGGAGAUCAUCAAAGAACGUGCGGCACGACGAGAGAGGAUCAGUCUCGCAGACUUGGGCAAGGAAGUCGGCCUCAGUAAAUGGCAUCUCUUGAGAGUCUUCAGAAAACGAUGGGGCGUAAGUCCCAAAGAAAUGGGAGAAGGCGCAAUCCGAAAUGCAAGCCUGAAUGACGGCGCACAGAGAAUGAGGACUCGCGGUCCUUCAGGUCCCAUAUCCGGUGAGGACGGGGUACAUGGCGUGCCCUCAGACGCCACAGGAGAAGACAGUGUGAGUCUUACCAAUGCAUACAGCACGUCCAGUACGACCACCAGCAGCAGCACUCCUCUCACGGAGCCUCUACUGGACUGGAGCGAUGGCGACUUCACAGGCCCCCUGCUGACGUUCAACGAGGGUUUCAUGGACUUCGAAGCGAUGGGCGAUAUGAAUAUGGAUCGGCAGACCGUAUCAGAGUCGUGGACAGACGAAGAAAGUGGCGAAUACGUGCUAAGAGAUCUAUUUCCAGAGCUGUAUAUGCCUGAUAGCGCCUGGGACUGA